UUCUGACAUCUUAUUCAUCAUACUCAUAUAGAUAAAGAGGGCUUGGCAACAAGAAGAAUGUGGGAGGGUUGUUGUUCAUGUCAACACUUCACGCCACAGGACCAUAUAAAGUCAGAGUCUCACAGACUUUGACCUUCUUCCACAGACUCUCAGAAAGCCCAGCGCAGGCUAAACAUUCUCCUUAAACCCCAGAAGAGGAAGCGCCACGUUCCGGCGAGAAAAAUGGCCUGCAAAACUUCCCUUUCCGAGGAGGACCUCACGUGUCCGGUGUGCCGGGACAUCUUCAGAGAUCCCGUGGUGCUGUCGUGUAGCCACAGCGUCUGUAAAGGCUGCCUGCGGCAGUUCUGGAACACCAAGCCGUCCCGGGAGUGUCCGCUUUGCCGGAAGAGGUCCCUGGAUGCCGAGCCUCCAUGCAACCUGGCUCUGAGGAACCUGUGUGAGGCCGUCCUCAGCCAGAGGGAGGGGGUGUCGGAGAGCGACCGGUGCCGGACGUGGCCCGUCAGGUGUCGAGUCCUCUGCACUGCCCACGGUGAGCAGUUCAAGCUCUUCUGCCUGCAGGACAAGGAGCCCCUGUGUGUGGUGUGCCGUGACUCGAGGCUGCACAAAUGUCACGAAUGCCAACCUCUGGAUGAAGCCGCGCUGGAUCUGAAGGAAAAACUGAGGAAUAAACUCCCAGCCUUGCAAGAGAAGUUGAAGGUCUUUAUAGAAAUAAAACAAACCUAUGAUGAAACGGCAGAGCACAUCAAGUGCCAGGCCCAAAGUACACAGAGGCAGAUCAAAAGAGAGUUUGAAAAGCUUCACCAGUUUCUACAAGAGGAGGAAGCCACCAGGCUUGAGGCACUGCAGGCCGAGGUGGAGCAGAAGACCACUUUAAUGAAGAGUACAUUUGACAAGAUGGCCAGGGAGAUUCUAUUGCUCUCGGACACAAUCAGGACCAUAGAAGAAGAGAUCAGAGCCGAGGACAUCGCAUUCUUAGUGGUGAGACAGCAGUGUCCUCUUGCCAUAUUCAGAGCGCAGUGCACACUGCCGGACCCAGAGAGGGCGUCUGGAGCUCUGCUCAAUGUGGCUCAGCACAUGGGCAACCUCAAGUUUAAUGUCUGGAAGAAGAUGCAGGACUUGGUUCAGUACACUCCCGUGAUCCUGGACCCCAACACUGCAGACCCUCGUCUCAACCUGUCUGACGACCUGACCAGUGUCACCUACAGCGACGAGAGACAGCAGCUCCCUGACAACCCCGAGAGGUUCAACUGGUACCUCUGUGUCCUGGGCUCGGAGGGACUCCUCUACGGGACCCACAGCUGGGACGUGGACGUUGGGGACAGCACGCUUUGGAUGCUGGGCGUCGCCGCGGAGUCCAACCAGAGGAAAGGCCUGAUAUUCUUCAACAGCGGGGUCUGGUGCGUGCUGCACAUGGACGGGAAGUACAAGUCGCGUUCCUCCGGCCAGACCGGCUCGCCUCUGCCGGUGAAUGGCAAACUGCGGAGGGUCAGAGUGCAGCUGGACUUGGCCAAGGGAGCGGUGUCAUUCUCGGAUGCCGCUCACGACACCCACCUGCACACGUUUAGACACACCUUCUCCGAGAGGGUGUUCCCGUUCUUUUUUAAUUGGUGCGCACAAUCUCCCCUGAGGAUUUUACCACAGAGGUCGUCUAUAACAAUGGGAUAACCCAGUGUGGGAUGUGCUGGUUAUUUUUCAAAAGUAUGCUCCAUGAGGGGGGUAUUGACACUGUAGAAGACAGCAGAAGAAAAAAAGUAUGACACAUUUCACCAUUCACUAAUUGAAAAAGCUUUGUGCACACUGACUCCAGCAUAUAGCCAUCCUCAAACUGACCUCCUCCAACAGACUUCUAACCUCUAUUCGUCAUUCCCUUCAAAUGAGAGUGCUGCUCACACCUACACUGUUUUAUUGUGACUGUUUUAAAGGUAGCCCUGUUGAUAGUUUUUACUUUUUGGUAAUGCAAUGGGUUGAAAACAAAUAUGCAUGUGCAUGGCACAUCUUUAUCCAGUUAAGUAAUUAGAUACCUCUACUUUGCAGAAUUCACUGUUUACUGUGGUAUCUGUAAAACACAGGAUCUUGAAAAUCGUCUUCAUGUUCAUAACAUGGAACUUGAUGCCCGAAGAAUCUCUUUUGUGAAAACAUAAGGCACUGUGCAUUAAAGGACAGAUUCUUGGCUUA